AUGGAGUACCUUUUCGUGUUCGCUCAAUCACAUGAAGAAUUCCGUGUACCCGAGCUACUCUCUAUAUCGGAGCUUCAUGGGUUUGCGAUAGGCUUUGAUCGCUACGCCAGUGUCCUCGAGGAAGCAGUCAAACGACCAUUCAUGAUCCUGAUGCUCGACAAGGAAGAGCAUGCAAAAAUUUUGGCUCAGAGAUGUAUCAUGAUAAAGUCUAUUCAUGAGUUUUACGCCGAAGGCACAUCCUAUGAGGCGCUGCACGAACAAACGCGACGAGCUCGCCCGCAAUGGGAGCGGUACAUCCCAGACACAUCGUUUAAAUUUUCUGUUCUAGGAUACAAUUUCACAAUCGGUCAACGUCGCCAGCGUGAGAUCAUCGAGAGCUUCGCAUACAUGGACUUCUUGGGUAAGAUUGACAUGAAGAACCCAGAAGUUACUCUCACAGUUUUUGAGGAGUACGAGAGUAGCCGAGCACCCGAUGGUGGACUGAACAAGGAUGGGGAAUUCAAGCAAGUCUACUUCGGCAGGUUGGUUGCAGAUGGAACUGCACGCACACUGAUGGGAACCUUCGACGUCAAGAAACGCCAGUAUUUCGGGAACACCAGCAUGGAGGCUGAGAUUUCCCUCUUGAUGGCGAAUCAAACGCUAGCAUCCCCUGGAAAACUGAUCUACGACCCAUUCAUUGGCACCGGUAGCAUGGCAUAUACAACAGCCUACUUUGGCGCUCUUGUCUACGGUUCGGAUAUUGACGGGAGACAAAUGCGUGGAAAGGAUAAAACUCCAGGUAUCCUUCGGGCUGCUGCACAAUACGGCGUAGCAUCCCGUAUCAUGGAUCUCUGCACGUUUGACGUCACAAAUCACCCGUGGCGUUGUGGCAGCCUCUUUGACGCCAUCAUCACCGAUCCACCCUAUGGUGUUCGCGCAGGAGCAAAACGCCUCGGACGCAAAAAAAUCCGUGAAGAUCGGCUCCAACCCGCCGGCCCACGACCAAAUGAGCCUUACAUACCCCCAACGAAGCCUUACGAACUUUCUCAGCUCAUCACGGAUCUUGCUGGACGUCUCGUGUUCUUCCUGCCUACGGUGAGUGACGAGUAUGCCCUACCCGACAUCCACGCGAUGCUGUGCGAGGGGAUGGAACUUGUGGCGAAUAGCUUGCAAGAUUUUGGAAGCUGGGGGCGGAGGCUGAUCACGAUAAAGAAGACCGCCUAUGCAGAGUACCUGCCUCCGUCGUUUGAUUCCGUGAAGGGAAACGGAGAUUUUAGAGAGAAGUAUUUCCAGGGUUUCAAGAAGGACGGCGAGAGAUGA